AUGCCUCUCACAUCUAUUGAGCCAAAGGGCACCGAUGCUUCAGUUCUUCGCAAACCAUUAUUCGUCGCAGAACCACCAUUAGGAAAAGAUGGUAGACCCAUGAUACAAAAGGUUCUCAUCGCAAACCGUGGCGAAAUCGCCUGUCGUAUUAUUCAAACCUGUCGCAAAUUGAACAUUGCGUCUGUAGCAGUUUAUGUCGACGAAGAUGCCUCCUCUCGUCAUGUUCAGGACGCAGAUGAAGCCAUAAACAUUGGCAGCAUUGACGGCAGUACCCGCAAUCCAUUUCUCGACAUCGAUUUACUAGUCCAAACAGCCAUUUCAAGAUGCGCUCAAGCUAUCCAUCCGGGAUAUGGCUACUUGAGCGAAAAUGCAGAUUUUGCCCAACGCGUCCAUGACGCAGGUCUGAUCUUCAUCGGCCCCAGCCCCAGCGCCAUGUCAACCCUCGGCGACAAACGGUCCUCAAAAGACUACUUGCGCGCUCAUGCACCCGAUGUUCCGCUGAUUCCUGGAUUCUCGGGGUCCAGCCAAGAUGCCGAAGCUCUGAGUAAAGUGGCUGUUGAGAUCGGAUUUCCUGUCAUGCUCAAGGCCUCGGCUGGCGGUGGUGGAAAGGGUAUGCGGAUUGUGCGCGAGGCGGGGCAGCUUAAGGAUGAAUUGGAAAGAGCCCAGUCUGAGGCUCGUCGGUCGUUUGGUUCGGACGACUGCAUCUUGGAGAAGUUCAUUGAGAGCAGCAAGCAUGUUGAGAUUCAGAUUAUGGGUGAUUCGCAUGGUCAUGUGGUUUCCUUUUUGGAUCGGGAUUGCUCUGUGCAACGAAGGCAUCAGAAGGUCAUCGAAGAAACACCUUGUGCUUUCCUCACGGAGGAGACGCGGCAAAAGAUGAGUGCAACUGCUGUCCGAGUGGCAGAGCUCAUUGGAUAUGAGAAUGCUGGCACCGUUGAGUUUGUUGUAGAUAUCAAGACGGACCGAUUCUACUUCUUGGAAGUAAACGCCAGACUUCAAGUUGAGCACCCAAUCACUGAAGAAGUUACUGGAAUUGAUCUUGUUGCUCUGCAAUUGUUCGUUGCGGCGGGUGGUAGCCUGAAAAGUCUUCCAUCGCUGGACAAAGUCACUCAGUAUGGACACGCAAUUGAGUGCCGACUGUGCGCCGAAAACCCUGAGAAAGACUUCUUCCCCGAGCAUGGCAAAGUCCACCUCUGGCUGCCCGCAAGUGGUCCAUUAGCCCAAAGUAGGGAUAUUCGAUAUGAAGCAGCCAUUCAAACCGGAUCGUUGGUGUCUAUCUACUUUGACUCAAUGAUCGCCAAACUUGUUGUUUGGGCUCCAACAAGAGCACUGGCAAUUGAGAAAAUGGUCAAAGUUCUUGCACAGACAGCUUGUGUUGGUGUGAAGACAAAUCAGCUUUUUAUGCAAUACUGUUUAUUAAAUUCGGGAUUUCGUGAUCCUGCCUACACCACUGCAUUCAUUCCGUCGCACUUGAAUGAGCUUCUUCAGCCGCCUUCAGUCCAUGGACUACCUGAAUUUGAGAAAUUCGUAUCAAUUCUCCCAAGUUUGGUAAUCCGACGGCUUCCAGACUAUGCUACUGCCUUGUCACGCUCUAAACCCCUCCGGAAUAUCCGCAUGCAAUUCCGAAACCAAAGGUUUGAUCCAGUCAAUAUUCAUUGCGACAUUGUGACAACGACCAGCUGGCCCAACAAAGUUGGCCAAGAGGCAGAUCCAGGAUCAGGACAACAAAUGAUGUGCAUCUGGAAACCAAGCUCAACAGGAGUAUCAUCCGGUACCGAGGAAGUAUACCUCUUCCUAGUCCCCGAUGGUAAAUCCCCAAAAGACGAAGAAGUCUCAGCGGCAGCAGAGAUAUCCGCCCAAUAUAAUGAAAUAAGCCAAGCACUGCGAACAGGAACAGCGACAUCUUCCCCUGCACACCAAGUUCGAAUUAUUUCAUGGCGCCCCGCAGAAGGCAAUCCCGCUCUUCCCGAUUCCUGGCUUGCCUCCACCAUUGAACUCUCAGUGAAUGGAUCAAAGUUCACCGCUCAAGUCGCUAUCCCUUCAACACGGGCUCAUACAUUAGCGGGGCAGGUCGAUCGUGGCCAAAAUAUUUACUGUCACCUUCCUGCUAUCGGCACUCAUGUUGAGUUCAAGCGUGACACGCUGCUCUCUUUUGCAGAAAGCAAUCGGUCGACUGCGAAAGCGAAUAAAGGAUCUGAGCAGAAGACUGUUGCGGCUCCCAUGCCUUGUAAAGUUCUUUCAGUUUUGAGGAAGAAUGGGGAUGAAGUCAAGUCUGGUGAUUCGGUGAUGGUCAUUGAGAGUAUGAAGAUGGAAGUCAAUAUAUCUGUUGCGGCUUCAGGGAAGUUUCAAACAGAAUGGAGUGUUGGAGAUGCUGUGGAGGAAGGGAAGAUUCUUUGUUCAAUUGUUUAG